CACGAAACUAUCGAUAACGCGUUACUGCUUACUCAAUUUGGUUGGGCUGCUAAGCAUACGGUCAGCUAGGUAACGCUCUCAUGCAGACGCCAUGCGCGAUCUCAAGCAGCGCUUGUUCGAUCUUCUGCGAUCCGGCGGCAUAUCUGUCGGCGAGAACAACAACAAUAACAAUGGUAAUGGCAACAACAAUAAGAACAGCGUGCCACAGCCGCAGCAGCCACAGCAGCAGCUGUAUUCUCCACAUCUUCCCAUGCCGAAACCAAAGAAGUUGCACGAAUAUACUGCAGCCGAUUGCAAUGCAGCCUUUUUGCGUAAAUAUCACGAUCUGAGCAUAAGCAGAGCGAUGGAGAGAGAGCGCGAGCUGGAGCUGGAGCCGAAUGGCACCUCCAAUGUUAUAUACUUUAACGAGAACCUAUCGAUGACCAGCAAGUAUAAUGUACGUCAGUUUCCCCUGACACGAUACCCCUCCUGCCCGCUGAGCAGCUUCGGGCUAUCGCCUCAACGGGCGGAGGGCAGCGCGGGCAGCAGCCUGGCGGAGGAUACGGAGAGCGACAGAUAUAAUUUCUGCUCGGAUGGAUCGGAGGAUCAGAGCAGUAAUGCGCACACGCUCAAGCUGCGCUGCCACAAAUUGCACCUGGACACGGAUGUGGAGGUGGACGCGGAAGCCGAGGCAGAAGAUGCAGACAUGGAUGGGGACCUCGAUGACGAUCAUGCCGAAUCACAACUCGACUCAUUCUGUACGCUCUGCACCUCCACGUUCAGCUAUAACAAAUGCUGUCGCUUUUGCGACAAUUCGCUCUGCGGCUCCAAGUGCAACUCGGAGCGCGGCUCCCAUGCGAGUCGCCUCAGCUGCAGCAACCGCAACAACAAUUACGGCCCUAGCGACAAUGAGCUGGACUUUAAUGCUCAGCAGCUGCUGCAUCCGCAUCAUCAGCAGCGCUUUGGAGGCGCCACCAACCUGCACCAGCCAAUUGUGGCAACAGCAACUGCUAUCAGCUUAAUAAUGUCAAAGACUAUAAUAACAUAAAUAACUUUCAAUGAACUUGCCGCAAGAGUCUUUAAUCAUGCACCAAUUAUCAAAUUAUUCGAAUCAAGCUAAUGAUAAUUAGCAAUAAUUCAGUUGCUAAUGAAGUGUUCGAGAUGGAUUCAAUUGCAAUGGGCAAUCAGCUGGCUGAUUGUGUUUGAUUGAAAGAUCAACAAACCAACUGCAAACUGAACUAAAGUCAAAUGAACCGAACAAAGUCGAGCUGAAUUGUGAGCGAGCUGGAACUGAAACUGAGUCCGAGGCAAAAAUCCAAUGCGACGAUGAAAGAGAUUUUGGUAGUGCAUGAAAAUAUAUAUGGAUAUAUGCAUAAGUGCCUAUUGGUAUUUAUGUAAGUGGAAUAUGUAUCUUUAGCAUGACUAUAAGCAGAAGAAGAAGAAGAAACGCCAGUUCCGUUAGACAGCGAGCCAAACAAUGGCUGCUAAGCUGCUGCCUAGAAGCGCAUGA